CGUGCGAUGAGGGCCCCCUUCGGGAAGCGCCGGCUGCCCCCCCAGGCACAGCCGCCACUGGCCACCCAGAGGAGAGGGGUGAAAAGGAGGAAGAUGGCUGACAAGGUCCUGCCACAGAGGAUCCGGGAACUGGUCCCAGAAUCCCAGGCCUACAUGGACCUCCUCGCCUUUGAGCGCAAGCUGGACCAAACCAUCGCUCGGAAGAGGAUGGAGAUUCAGGAGGCCAUUAAGAAACCGCUGACGCAAAAGCGGAAGCUGAGGAUUUACAUCUCCAACACUUUCACCCCAGCCAAAGAAGAAGGGGAGGGUGGUGAGCGUGUGGCCUCCUGGGAGCUACGUGUGGAGGGCAAACUGCUGGAGGACUGGCACCGGCUGCCCACAACCCAGGAGACUGAUGGCUUCCAAGUGAAGCGUCCCGGCGACGUCAAUGUGAAAUGCACUCUGCUGCUCAUGCUGGAUCACCAGCCACCACAGUACAAACUGGACCCUCGCCUGGCUCGCCUGCUCGGGGUGCACACACAGACCCGCGCCAGCAUCAUGCAGGCGCUCUGGCUCUACAUCAAGCACAACAAGCUGCAGGACAGUCAUGAGAAGGAGUACAUCAACUGCAACCGCUACUUCCGCCAGAUCUUUAACUGUGUCCGCAUGCGCUUCUCCGAGAUCCCCAUGAAGCUGGCGGGGCUCCUGCAGCACCCAGAUCCCAUCAUCAUCAACCACACCAUCAGCGUGGACCCCAACGACCAGAAGAAGACGGCCUGCUACGACAUCGACGUGGAGGUGGAUGAUCCCCUGAAAGCUCAGAUGAGCAACUUCCUGGCUUCCACCACCAACCAGCAGGAGAUCGCCUCCCUGGAUGCCAAGGUGCGG